AUGAACGGUCGCUACCCAGCAAUCAGCGGUAGUCGUCCGGUCAGCCGUCAGAGCAACGUAUCGUCACGACAUGUGUCACCACGGGAGAGUCAAGAACAGCUUGGAGGCCGCUCUCGCACAACCAGCCGCCAGCCGAGCCUGGAAGCAUUCUCUGCAGUGUUCGGACAACAGCGGCCAGCACAGGCCUACCCUGUCUUGCAUCCACAGCCCAGCUACCAGCGCAUGCCAGUAGAGCUACCAGCUAUCGACGCAAGCCAAGUCAUUGACCCGUAUGCUCACGGCCCAGCCUAUGUCCCGCCAUCAGUGUACACUGGGAAGGCUCCUUUUCGCCCCAAGUCAGCAUACGAGCUUCGAGCACAUUAUCGCAACAGCAAGACUGGCCGCUCGACACCAAUCGAGGUUGUUCGGAAGACUGCCGAAGCCAAUUUGAUGGAAGACAACACUAUCCGCAACAUCUCAAACGGACCUUAUGCUGCUGCAUCUCCUCGCAUGCCCAGCGUCAAUCAGGAAAACACACGCCCGCCAUUGCCAGCUGUCUCCAGCUCUGAAUGGCUUGCGACUGGAGGUACAGUGAAGAAGAGGAAGGAGAUCAAGAAGGCGAGCUCGAUGUACAUGCAGCCGCGCCCCUCGAGAGAUACUUUUGGGAUCGCGGAGCUCAGCGCAGCUAAAAGAUCGCCUGGACAGAGACUUGUGACGAACUGGUUGGAUGAUCGUAGGAGCAAGGAGAAUACACCGGCUUUUGUUUGA